GACCUAGCUUGCGUCCCCAUGGUAGCCGUGACUGGGCGAGAUGCCAGCAUUGUGGCUUUGUUCUCCUACCUGCUGUUGUUGUGCGCCUUUCCUGCAUACGUGGGCCGAAUGACGAGCAUGGCGGUCUGGUCGGCAGCAGGUGUGGCCGGAUGGAGCUGGGGGUUUACCGUUUCCGGCCGGCUUCGAACACGAGAUCCUGUUGAAGACAAUGUCCGUGUCGUCCGCCACCAGAGCUUCGUUAUCUGGACUCUUUGCUGUGGGACGGCGGUUGUGGGCACAAUGGAGGCCAUGGUGGCGUCUUACGUGAGACCGUGGUGGCUUCAGAUCAUGGCGAACGCGGGAUUCACUUUCCUUGCCUUCGUCGUUGGGUGCGGGAUCUUCGGCCAUUCACAUGAAUGGGUUUUGCGAGAUCCCAACCUUGAGAAACCCCUGUUUCUGCUCGAUGUUUGCGUGGUUAGCUGACGAUGGAAGUGCUCAAGACUACGGUGUCAGCCGUAUGGUAUGUCAUGUUCUUUUUGUUCUUUUGAUGUUUGUGUUUUACCGUCUAUCAAGAAAUUCCGUGAGGAUGUGGCGGUUUUCGCCGAUUUUUUUGUGUGUGGUCCACGAUGAUCCAAAGAGAUAUUAAUAUGGACGAAGUUGGUGUGGAAGAGUGCAUGCCCUGGUGUGCGCGUGGUUUAUGUUACCUUGACCCCGCUCUAUAUGUGGUUGCAGCGCGACUGUGGGAGCUUAGAGGAGGUCCGUGUGGAUGCAGAUUGUAUGGUGCAAAGGGUGCAUGUGUAUUUUUUUUGUCUUCAUUUCAAAUCAGUGGCUACAGCAUUUGCACGGUUUACUCCAACCCGUGGUCACACUUACAUUACAUGAAGGUAAAACAGGAUGAAAGAGUAGAGUGGUACGUAUGCAUGUGGACACAUCUUUCUCGUUCCCUCUCUAUGGGCGCCAGUAUCCAACUUCCAGUAUAUGUUUGACGUACAAGCCGGGGUCACACAAGUGGGUUUCUCCCCCUUUCCUCCUGCGGUUCCUGCCUUCAAUUCAUAGCGCGAGACGAGUUCACCGGUCCCUUCCCUCUCUUUUGCGUUUACUCACGAUUCUGUGAUUCACCUCGUGCAUUGCGAAUGUUUCAUUUUUCCUCACUUGCGUAAUUCAAUUGGGAGUUGGGGCUUUCACGUGAAGGUAGCCUUCCGCCAAUCUUCUAAGGUAGCCGUCUGGCGAGUUCGUACUAACAUUUAUUGGAUUAUUCAACUGAGGUGUAUCAACUGUACAAUUUAGUCAAGAAUCAUAUCAGCCAUCCUUCUAUUCA